AUGACAACCUACGCGGUAUACAAUGUCGAAGAUGAGAUUGCAGCUUUCUUCACAAAGACAUCCGUGGCCCGUCAAACAUGCGAUGAUCGAGCAAGAGACCUCGCCGGCGGUACUGUCACACCUAUCAAGAUACAGGGCUUCUGUAGCUACUCUGUCUACGCUGGACCCAACCUGGAAUAUGUCCUCCAGUUUCGGCCUAAGUCACUUGAGCAUGCUGGCGAAGCAGCUGUAUGGGGCCCUAGCUCCAGCAGUUUCGAAACUUUCGCGUGGCGCAAGACCUUGAUGGGCGAUAUGGCGCUGUAUACUAUUCCUAUCCUCAACCCUCUCUUCAUAAAUUAUACUAAGUGCUAUAGCUUCUUUGCGCUGGCAUGGAAAUCCCCUCAGUUGAUGGCCGUGUCCCAGCGCAACCGCUUGAGACAGACGUACACUACUGAACUGCAGCUCUUGCUUACUGCGUUGCCUGUUCGCUUCCAUACCAUCAUCCAGAGCUGUAUAGACUCAGUAGAUAAAAUUCUGUCUUUACCGAUGGUUCUGCUCCACAAAGAUUUCUGUGACUGCAACAUCAUGGUAGACGAGACAACCUGCCACCUCGUCGGCGUCAUCGACUGGGCCGAAGCGAAGAUAGGCCCCUUUGGAUUAAAUCUCUUUGCUCUCGAAAGUCUAUCAGGGAAACUCCACCUGCAAAACGGCUGGAGUCGAUACGAGAUUAUGACAGCUUGCAAGACACGUUCUGGAACACGUUCAAGAAGGAGGUGGGAGGCGUUACAAAAGAAGACCUUCGGACCUCGUCUUGCGAAUGGUCCAGACCAUGUCCCGAUUGGCGACGAUGAACGGGGACGCUAUAAUAUGCUCUCGCUGGAUGCGUUUCUCAUUAAUCUAGAGACGAGAUUUGAGGUUUAA